CGAAUAUUUUAUGCUGCUGCUGAUAUGUGGGGUGAAGUAAUAGAGGUCAGAAAGAUGAUGGAUGAAAGAGGGCUGAUAAAGAAACCAGGUUUGAGUUGGAUCGAUAUCAAGAGAGAGGUGCAUGUUUUCUUAGUGGGAGAUACGUCUCACCCAAGAUAUGAUGAAAUACAUCACUAUUUGCAUGAGCUUUUGAAGAGGAUGAAGGAAGAAGGGUAUGUCCCCGACACGAAUUUUGUGCUGCAUGAUGUUGAAGAGGAGCAGAAAGAGCAGAACCUCUCCUACCACAGUGAAAAGCUCGCCGUUGCAUUUGGCAUUAUUUCUACUCCGCCAGGAACACCGAUCAAGGUUUUUAAGAACUUAAGAACAUGUGUAGAUUGUCAUACUGCGAUUAAGUUUGUUUCUAAGAUUGCUAACAGAAAAAUUAUAGUCCGGGAUUCAAAUCGGUUCCAUUGUUUUGAGGGCGGGAUCUGGUCAUGUCGAGAUUUUUGGUGAUUUGACUCACUCGGUAAUCUGUAAAGCAUUUUAUUUGAGUAGGAUUACAGAAACAUAAGCUUAAUGUCUUCUGUGCAAUCUGGGAGCUUCCCACAUUUUGUUCUGAGUGGAAAGAACUAGAAUCUGAUUUUUUUACAUCUUCAA